AUGUACUUGGGGGAUUUGUCCAAGUUGAAGACACUGAAUUGUAUGGGACGUUGCACAGGAUCUCAUACAAUACUCAGUUAAAACGACGAUGCCCCCCAACCCGCAUCACAAAACGCGGUACUCCCUGCUACACUAGCCACCGCAGUUAAACAGGUUUUAUGUAUUGACAUUAAAAGGACAUUUUUGUGGACAGACAGCACUGCCGUAUUUCACUGGAUUAAUUGAUCUCCACAUACACUCCAAACAUUUGUUGCGAAUCGCGUCGCAGAGAUUCAACGCUUCACAAACGGAGCAGAGUGGCGACAUGUUGGAAUGGUAG